AUGGAUACCACCCUGAGAAUGAUCAAUAGUUCAAGGUUUCAAGUGUCUGAGUUCAUCCUGAUGGGGCUCCCAAGCAUUCAUGAGUGACAGCACUGGCUCUUCCUACCCCUGGCUCUCCUCUAUGUCUUAGCUGCUGGUGCCAAUCUCCUCAUCUUGAUCACCAUCCAACGUGAGCCUUCUCUGCACCAGUCCAUGUACCAUUUCUUUGGUAUCCCGGCUGUAGUGGACAUUGGCCUGGCCACCAUCAGCAUGCCCAAGAUCCUGGCCAUCUUCUGGUUUGAUGCCACAGUCAUCAGCUUUCCUCAGUGUUUUGCUCAGAUUUAUGUUAUCAACUCUUUUAUGGGCAUAGAGUCAGGCAUUUUUCUCUGCAAGGCUGUGGAUAAAUAUGUAGCUAUUUGCUAUCCCCUUCAGCACCCCUCCAUAGUCACUAAAGUUUUUGUGAUAGUCACAAUAUCUAUGAUACUCAGAAAUUUUCUGUUGACCAUUCCACUGCCUAUAUUGGCUGCCCAGCGACACUACUGCUCCAGAAAUGAGAUUGAUAACUGCCUGUGUUCUAACUUGGGUGACAUCAGUCUUGCCUGUGAUGACAUUACCAUUAAUCAGUUUUAUCAGUUGGCCUUGGCCUGGGUUAUAGUUGGGAGUGACAUGGGUUUGAUCUUUACUUCUUAUGCUUUGAUUAUUUGCUAAAUGAUGAGGUUGAACUCUGCUGAAGCAAUAUCUAAGGCCCUGAAUACCUGCAGCUCCCAUCACAUCCUCAUUCUCUUUUUCUACAUUGCCAUUGUUGUUGUAUCUGUCACCCAUCUGGCUAGAGGAAGAUUUUGCUUUGUCCCUAUUCUACUCAAUGUGCUGCACAGUGUCAUUCCCCCAGCCUUGAACCCUAUGGUGUAUGCUCUUAGGAACCGGGAGCUGAGAGUGGGCUUCCAGAGGCUACUGGGUUUGGAUGAGAAUGUGUCCAGGAAGUGA